UUGAGUCUGAUUGAGUGAACGUUCAGCUACCGAUAGUAUGCGUCUACCCAGUUUUACCUAAUGAUGAAAUAUGCUUGUAUUGAGACAAUUUCGUCAAAUCUGACUUUUCACUUUUCACUUAACUCUAAAGUACCACUAGAUACUUCAACCAGUGGUACUUUUAUAUCUCAUUUUCAGGGGCGAAAGCACUGGUCUUAACAAAUCGAUUUACAAACUGAAGGUCGCUCUUUUAUUCCGCGUAGCAUACCAUCUCAUUUCAUCUCAUCAGAAAUGGAGGAAGAUCGGGCGCAAACCGAUCUAGGCAUCGCCGCAGACAUCGAAGAGGCCCAUGCGCCACCCCCAGCAGCACCCUCAUCAACACUAAAACAGCCCAAGAAAAGAUUCAUAGGGCGAAGAGCCGCCGCAGCCGGUGCCUCGCGGGCUAGCAACGAUGGCAGCCCCCUAACACCAGAAAGCGGCGCCGUGCAAGCAGCACCCCCGCGGCGCGCCCCCCGGCUGCUCAACCAAGUACCCCCGGAGAUCCUCAACGACCCGGAGCUGCAAGCGGCCAUCUCCCUCCUCCCGGCAAACUACUCCUUCGAGAUCCCAAAAACAAUCCACCGGAUCCGUUCCUCGGGAGCGAAGCGCGUAGCCCUACAAAUGCCGGAAGGGCUCCUCAUGUUCGCGACGACAAUCUCAGACAUACUAACGCAAUUCUGCGCGGGAGUAGAGACGCUGAUCAUGGGGGACGUAACCUACGGCGCGUGCUGCAUCGACGACUACACGGCGCGGGCGCUGGGGUGCGACCUGCUCGUGCACUACGCGCACAGCUGCCUGAUCCCCGUCGACGUGACGCAGAUCCGGGUCCUGUACGUCUUCGUCGACAUCGGCGUCGACGCGUCCCAUCUCCUCGCCACGCUCGAGCGCGGCUUCGCGCCCCCGAAGCGGGUCGCCCUCGUCGGCACCAUCCAGUUCAACGCCACGAUCCACGGCGCGCGCGCCGCGCUCGAGAGGGCCGGCUUCGGCGUCCUCGUCCCGCAGAUCGCGCCCUUGUCUAAAGGCGAGAUUUUGGGGUGCACGUCCCCGCGGCUGUCGGAUGAUGAAAACGUCGAUUUCAUCUUGUAUCUUGGAGAUGGCCGUUUUCACCUCGAGAGCAUUAUGAUUCAUAACCCGGCCAUCCCGGCGUAUAGGUACGAUCCAUACUCGCGCAAGCUGACGCGCGAGACGUACGGGCACGAGGAGAUGCAGAGCCUGCGCCGCGAGGCCAUCGCCACGGCUAAGAAGGCUAAGAAAUGGGGUUUGAUACUCGGAUCGCUGGGCCGCCAGGGAAACCCGCAUACCAUGGCGCUCAUCGAGAAGAAGCUGGAGGAAUUAGGUAUCCCAUACGUGAACUUGCUGCUCAGUGAGAUAUUCCCCGGGAAGCUGGCUAUGAUGGCUGAUGUAGGGUGCUGGGUCCAAGUCGCGUGCCCGCGUCUGAGCAUAGACUGGGGGUAUGCGUUUCCGCGGCCGUUGUUGACGCCUUACGAGGCGCUGGUUGCGCUGAAUGAGCGCAAGGACUGGAAGGAGAGCGGCGUGUAUCCUAUGGAUUAUUAUGCUAGGGAAGGUCUGGGACGGACGAGGGAGGUAAAGGUUUCUAGUUGAAAGCUCGAUAUAACAAUAUAAACGUAAAGUGAAGAACCAAAUGUCAUUUACCUACUACUUAUUUAAAGGCCCCUUUCAUUUACGGAGGCGAGAGAACAUGAUAUUUCUGAGUCUCGUCAUAAGUAUGUGGUAGAGAAAUGCUUGUUUAAAAGCC